GCUAAAUAAAUUUUGUUGAUAUAUAACCACUUUUAUCACCACACUUCCCAAACUACCAUUACUUAUUUUAUAACACAACUAUUUUUCUCAAACUCACGACCACCAUCGCCACCACCUCCUCCUCCACCGGCCACCAAGGCUCUGCCACAACCACUGCUGCCCCUUCUCCUCAACCACCAGCGUUGUCUGCCUCCACCAUUGCCACCUGAAGCUGUGAUUUUCUUGAUCCAACAACUCUCAAAGGAUUUACGUGUGGUGGCCUUCUUCCUCUUUUUUAUGUUUUUCUUUAUGUGGCAGUGAUGAAUGCACAACGGUGAUCGGCCUUGCUGGGCUAGGACAAAGUGGACGAGUGGCUGGUGUGAGCAGAUGUGGUUGACAAUGACACAGACCAAUUCAUGAAACUGGUUGUUCGUUUUUACCACUCUUUUAAAAAUGUCAAAGAGACGAGUGUUUGGGCUAUUGGAAGACCAGGGCUUGUGCAUGAUUGCCCAUUUCUGGCUGAUGAAUUAUUUGGAAGAGUUUUGGAUGAAUACCCAGAUAUCAAAACACUCAAGAAACUCCAUGCCAAGAUAUUUUUUGACCAGUAUCUUCAUCAGAACCCAUCACUAGGUAUUAAGCUUAUGAGGGCUUAUGCAGCCAAUGGGGAAAUAAGGAUUACCCGCCACAUAUUUGAUGGAAUUCCUGUGAAGAAUGUUGUCUUCUUUAAUGUCAUGAUUAGAAGCUAUGUAAACAAUUAUCGGUAUGAUGAUGGUCUUCUUGUUUUUAAAACAAUGUCCAGUUAUGGAUUCAUACCGGAUAAUUACACAUACCCUUGUGUCUUAAAGGCAUGUUCAGCAUCCCAAAAUUUGUGGGUUGGGUUGCAAAUUCAUGCUGCUGUUGUGAAUAUUGGACUUGAUUUAAAUUUGUUUGUUGGGAACGGCCUAGUUUCUAUGUAUGGGAAAUGUGAUAAGUUAUUGGAGGCACGACAAGUUCUUGAUGAGAUGCCGAGAAGAGAUGUUGUUUCUUGGAACUCAAUGGUUGCAGGGUAUGCUCAGAAUGCAAGGUUUGAUGAUGCAUUGGAAAUUUGUCGGGAAAUGGAAUUGCUGAGGCAAAGACCUGAUGUUGGAACAAUGGCUAGUCUAUUGCCAGCCAUAACUAACACAUCAUCCUACAAUGUCUUAUACAUUAAAAGGAUGUUUGAUAAUUUGGUUAAGAAAAGUUUGGUUUCGUGGAAUGUUAUGAUAACAGUUUUCGUAAGUAACUCAAUGCCUGGUGAAGCAGUUGAUCUAUUUCUACAUAUGGAGGAUUGUGAAAUAGAGCCUGAUGCAGUCACAAUUGCUAGUAUUCUUCCUGCUUGUGGGGAUCUUUCAGCUCUGUUGCUCGGUAGGCGUCUUCAUCGAUAUGUUGAUAUGAAGAAAUUUCGGCCAAAUUUACUAUUGGAGAAUGCUAUAUUAGACAUGUAUGCUAAGUGUGGCUGUUUAGAAGAAGCAAGUGAAGUAUUUAACAGUAUGAAGUUUCAGGAUGUUGUAUCAUGGACUUCACUGAUUUCAGCAUAUGGUAGGAAUGGACAAGGUAGUGAAGCUGUGGCACUCUUUGCUAAAAUGCAGGAUUUGGGUAUGAGUCCAGAUUCCGUUGCUUUUGUGUCUGUUCUGUCAGCUUGCAGCCAUGGUGGAUUGCUAGAUGAGGGAAAGUACUACUUUAAGUUGAUGACUGACAAGUAUCAAAUAGUUCCAAGGCUAGAACACUAUUCGUGCAUGGUCGAUUUAUUAGGACGAGCUGGGAGAGUUCACGACGCUUAUAAUUUUGUCAAAGAGAUGCCGAUAGAGCCUAACGAAAGAGUUUGGGGGGCUUUGCUGAGUGCUUGCAGAGUGUACUCCAACAUGGAAAUUGGACUUGUUGCUGCUGAUAAACUCUUUCAAAUGGCUCCACAGCAAGCGGGUUACUACGUUUUGUUAUCCAACAUUUACGCGAAAGCUGAAAGGUGGCAAGAAGUGACUAGAGUUAGAUCAAUUAUGAAAAGCAGAGGAAUCAAGAAAACUCCUGGGGUCAGUAAUGUUGAGCUCAAUCAUAAAAUUUAUACUUUUCUAGCUGGUGAUAGAUCACAUCCAAAGUCCAAGGAGUUAUAUGAAGAGUUAGAUGUAUUGGUGGGGAAAAUGAAAGAGUUGGGUUAUGUUCCCGAAACCGAUUCUGCUCUUCAUGAUGUAGAGGAGGAAGAUAAGGAGUGUCAUCUAGCAGUUCAUAGUGAAAAGUUAGCUAUUGUGUUUGCAAUUCUGAAUUCAGAACCUGGAACAACGAUCAGAAUUACGAAGAAUCUUCGUGUUUGUGGGGAUUGUCAUACUGCAGCGAAACUGAUAUCGAAAAUAUCUGAACGUGAAAUUGUUGUUAGAGAUACUCAUCGUUUCCACCAUUUCACAAAUGGUAUUUGUUCUUGUGGAGAUUACUGGUAAACUUCAUCAUAUAGAGUAGUAUAUUCUGUUGGAUUACAUUACUUGAUUGAAAACUUGAACUUGUUUUACUAAACACUAAUCAGUUGUAUAUUUGAACUUUUUA